AAAAGAGGCCAACAUCCGGUAUGGUGCGUUGCCGACGACAGUGCUGUUGAACAGGGACCACAGGACAUAACUGGCAGGAAAAUGCGGUAGGUUGUUGUCAUAACUGAAAGAGAAAUUAAAACACAACACAUUUCAGUGCUAUCUUUACGACUGUGAAAUAGAUGUGGCAUAUGGUCAUACGGCCUAAGGGCUUUGUAACGGAAGCAAUCGGGUUCGCUGAUCAGUCAUAGAUCGAUCGGGAUUAGGGAGCGCGGUUGAACAUGGGAACGAGAUCGAGCCGUUUACACGAGGAGGCUGCCGCGACAGCUUUCGAUAAAGAUGGCAUCAAGAGAGAGUCCUGUCGACGGAUCCGAAGCAACAGGCCCACUAGCCUCAUGGUGGAGUUCGCCGGCAACUUCGACCAUGACUCAGAGACGAACCGCAGCCGGUCGGAAGAGGGCAGCGACUCGGACACCGGGCAGCAUGCUAGCAGCGACGGCAGCCCCGCCGACAGCCACAUGUCCCCGUCUCUGAGCAGCCAGGCCUCGCCGACGGACGAGAAUGGGGCCGAGGAGAAACGCGAGGAGGAUGGUAGUCCUGGAGGCCCUGUGAGCGCGGAGGAAAUAGGCCGUGCACCGCAGCGCACUUUCUCGGAGCGUUUGCCCGGUGGUCGGCAUUCUUCCGCAGGCGGCGUCACAGGCAGGUCCACCCGGGUGAGAGACACCCACGCACGGCCAGUCUCUGAGGCGUGGAUCGGCCUCUACAGGGUCAACAACCGCCACGGUGCUAUUCGUUGUCCCUUCUGCACUAAGCCGUUCCCUGGAGGGCGAAUCGAGGACCAUCUUUUAAGUUGUCUGACUUCUCCACCUCUUCCUUAUAACACUGAUGUGCUAGCCAAGGACAGUGGAGAGUGUUCAAUUUGUCUCGAAGACCUGCUUCAGGGGGAAACCAUCGCUCGACUGGCCUGCCUGUGUGUCUACCAUAAAAGCUGCAUUGACACAUGGAGCAAAGUGAAGCCGUGCUGCCCUGAGCAUCCUUUUGAUUGAUUCGUGUGUUCUUGUGCAAUGACACUUUGACUCAGGAGACGAUACCCCCUGGCAGGAGCAUAUUUUCUGAAGAAAGAAUUGAGAGAAAGACACAAAGGAACAAAAACAAAUAACAAGCAUCAUCACUUGUGGUCAGCUUAAUCGGUCUGGCUGUGAGUGCUCCUGGAUUUAACUAUGUGAUGUGACUCUUGGGACUGGGCUUUUCUCUACUCUACAGCACCUGCGUGAAUGGCAGGUUUGCUCGGCUUGCCUUUCCUCUCUUAACUCUUUACUUUAAGGCUCAGAGUGAAACUGGUAAACUGAAAAGAAUUUUGUAAAACAAACAUGUUAAUAGAGGGAAGUUGCACAUGGAUCGCCUCUCCGUGUGAACAUCUUGAUCUCCUGGAGGGAUGGCGUUCUUCUUUCCAUGGAAACAUGGUGAUCUGUAAUUUAUGCCGGGCUUAGCGUUUGGUUUUUGCAGCCUGCUGAGGUUUCAGUGGCUUGAAUGAGCUACUUGAUUUUGUUGGGCAGAUCCCGGAUGAACGCAGAGGAACUGUAAAUGCGUAAAUAUUGCACAUAUGAGGCAUGAUGUUUUAUAUUUUUGGAGAAUAACCUUUUUGUUUACCCUUUUCCCUUUUUGUUACUAUAGGAACAUUUCAAAGGCAGAGUGAAAUUUCCAAUAGAUUUGUUAAAUAUAAACUACAAUGAAUAGUGAUUUUAUCCAUCCUUAAGGCAAAACUCCCCCUCAUUACCACAUUAGGCUCUUUUAACCAUCUUGAUCUGAUUGCUUUUCUUCAUUUGUAAAACUGUAUAUUGUUAACCGAUCAGAGCGAUACUUCCACUAGCUAGCUUAAUGGAUGUUAUUGGUUGCAGUGAAGUGUGUGUUCAAGUGUGUACUUAAAUCCAGAAAAUGUUGACGCUGAUAACCUGACAGCAUGUACUAGUCUUGGAGGGGAGGGUUUGUGAAAUAGCCUCUCUGCGUAUUCGAUGUAGUAGUCUAGAGAAAUCCAGUCACUUUACACCAGGCCUCCUCUACACUGAAUGAGGCCAUCUGUGGUGCGGAGAUGUAUGUCAGGCGCAGUAACGCCAUAUGAGGAGGGAGUAACUAUGACAUUGUCAUCGACCCCCUUGAAAGGAACAAUGGAAUGAACUUGAUGAACAGGACUUUUUUUUUUAUUUUUGACAGUCCUCCUAAGGGUAAAUAUUUUUCAUGUUUUGAGGUUUAUGGGGUUUCCUGAUUGUGGGUUUUCUCAUGUUCAUUAUUCUAUUGUCUCUUGUAGAGGUCAUUUGGUCUGUUACUUUUUUGCCUUAGCUCGAGGAUUCACAUUUCGAGUGGUAAGACCUCUGAAUGGAGAGUUUGCUUUUCUCAAGCUGAGAGGUUAACUUUUAAAGUAUUUAAAUGUGUUUUCUUUACAGGACAGCCUGACGGUUCUCUCCAGUUGAAAACAUGAGAAAUGCCAUUUGUGUCUGUGUGAGUCAAAUGCAAAAGUCAUUUUUACAGUUACAUUUGUUUUGUGUCGGUGUAGUGCAUUGUGGAGUGGAGGGAGGUAUUGUCAGAGUAUUUUGACAAGCUUUUAAGCUCUCGAAGUUAGCUUUUGCCCUUUAACAUAUGUGGUGCCAUACCAGAAUUACAAUAAUUACUAUAAUAACCUGGGCUUAGCUAACUCCAAAAGUGUUCUGUUUUUUUUUUCUUUCUCUAACAAAAUAUUAUUAUUAUAUAUGCAGUAUAAAUGCCAUAGCCAGUUCUGUAAUUAUUCAGUGGUAAGGGUCUUGACCCGCUUGAUCCUGUGUUUUGACAGUUGUCGGUCAAAUAUGAAUGACUUGGGAAUGUUCUUUAGGUCAACAUGAUUUGCAUAUAUUCACAUGCCCAAACACAGACAAUCUGCCUUCAUUCUGCUAAAGAACAAUUGAGUAUUUAUUUAUUAAAGUGUAAAUAUGUAUCACAUUUCAUUAUGGCUUUGUCCUUUGUCCAUGAUGCGGUUUCUAUGCCUAAAUGUUUUGUAUGUCUGAAAAAUUGUUUUUAUAUGUAUUUUUUACAAUAAAUAUGCUUAAGUGUGA